GCCAGUAGAGCCUCUGUGUCGCCUCCCGAGCGCCCCUCACACGCGCACGGAUACCAGCACGGAUCUGCAGCAGCAGCUCGCCACAGAAGAAGCACACCUAUCUUCCUCCUGUCCUCAUCAGGUGUGCUGCCCUCGUUAGCCUCUCCUCUCGUUAGAGCCCGGUCAGCGAUGGCGGACGAUCACUGGGCGACGGACGGACGGCAGAACGGACAGAACGGCUUCUCCUCCUCCUCCUACACCCCCGACUACCGGGAGAACGGUUUCCAUGGCGACGCCGCACACGCCGCCGUGGCAGUUGAUGACUCUGCCAACUUGCCUCCCUCCCCUCCCCCCUCCCCGUCCGCUGAGCAAAUCGGUCCAGUGGCAUCAGAGGAGGCAGUAGAGGGUAUCGGUGUAUCUCCCGGUGAGGUGACGCCCCAUGAAGAGGAGGAGCAGGAGGCUCCGUCGGAGCCCCCGGCCUUGGAGGACCCCCAGCCAGUAGACCUGCCCUUAGGGCGGGCCGCUUAUGUAGGCGAGGCCCAGGCUCUCAGAGAAGGCCCUCAGGUUGUGAAUGGAGGAGGACACCACAGCCCACAGACACAGCAAGCAGCCCCGCCCCCUGGGACGGUGGAGGCACAGCAGGGGGCGGCCCCGCCCAUCGAGGAGCGAGGGCCUCCCGAAGGCGCCGAGGAGGUUGGGUCACCCUGCCCCUCCGCCAGAGAGGAGCCGGCCCCUUCCCCCCCCCCGCUCCUGGAACCAUGUGGCACCCCGAAGGCUCUAGAAGAGGUCCGAGACAUCUUCUCCCCUGGACACUCCGAUAGCGACGUACCCCCCGACCUGUCCGGACCAGCUGGGACGACCGACUGCGCGGACGCGCCGGUGACCGCCGUGGGCGUGAACGAGGGGAGCAGUGGCCCCGAGGUCGUCGCGUCAGAGUCGCCUCCAGAGACGGACGACGCCGGUGACCACAUGCCAGGCGCGAAGGAGAGCAGCCCUGAGUCCUCGUGUGUCCUUAAAGCAGGGACGGAGGCGUACUUCGAAACGUCCGCCCAAAGCGGUGUUCAGGAGUCACCACGCCCACAGAGCUACUAUGAGAUCAGCAGGGCAGCAGGAGAGAGGUGCACCCCCGAGGCUGGGGUCGGGUUCAAGUUACAUCCAGCUCCUGGUCAAUUUCAAUUUGAGGUGACGGCUGAGAGCAUUUCCCAGGGAUCAGAGGAGCCGGUGCUGAACCCUUUCCACAAGAUGUCGAUGGAGCAAAGGAGCCGGCCUAUCAACAUCACCGUUAAGUCUCCGACCGGGGCGGCAAAAUCAAGCACCUUCUUACGCCCCCAGCUUUCCCCAAUCAGUGGAAGCUUCGACGACUCGUCCGCCCCUCCUCCAACACCCUCCAUCGAGCACCACCCCUCUGCUACACCCGCUCCGUCCACGCCCGCCGACUUCACCGAAGCCCUCAGCAAGAUGGCCUCCAUGGAGCGCCACAUCUCUUUGGACCAAUCCGGCGCUCUGGCUGAGAUGCUGGACCUGGCGGGAGCCCUGCCCAAACUGUCCCUGGGCAUGAGGGUGGUGGAUCCGAUGAGGAGGAAGUCUGUCCCGGCCAACGUGUCUCCUCUGGGGGUUAGCUCGCUGGCCCGGCUGGCUCUGGACGCGGGGCAGGGGGGGCAGGGAGGGUCCGAGGAUCUGGGAUACUGUGUCUUCAGCGAGUGCUCUGCCCCCAUGCCGUCCCCGGCCGACAUGCCGGGGUCUGCCGAUGCUCCCUGUCGCUCUUUCCCUACCGUGGACGCAGACGAGGAUGAACCGGAACGGAGAGACGGAACACCCCCACCGGACCAGAAGAAGAACGUCCCGGAGACGGUUCAGAAGAGCGCCGCAGCGGAAAAGAAAGACGUGACGGAGUCCCCGAGGAAAUCCGGCAUGCUCCUGGAGAAGGCCGUGCCGGUCGGUAUCAAACCCGACCGCCUCAGGAUCCCGGUCACCUCUCCGAACCGCCUCACCGAGUUCCGCUUGGAGAGUGGCCUGCCAGGAGACAUCCAGAUCCAGGCCAUCCCGGAGGUGGAGGUGGAGAAGGACCCGUCCCGGGAGGCGUCCCCCAUCCCUCCCGACAGCUCCUUCAGCUUCUCCCUGACCGACGGCAGGGUUCCUCGGACACCCACGACUCCAAAGUCCCCCGUUGACGGUCCAUUAAACCCUGAAGAACCCGGAAAGGAUACACCAGGGGAAGGCGAGACCGAGGUCGGGACGGAACGGGCUGUAGGGGCCGAGAAGUCUGCUGACAAAGAAUCCGAUUUUAGUGAAGACUCAAAGGAUCCAAAUGGAGAAUCUCCCGGGGAAAUAAAAGUGGACGAAUCAGAUGUGACCUCUCCUGAGGCUUGUAGACAGAAAACGGACAUCUUCCAGGAGAACAUACAACCAAAGUUAAAGACAGAAGAGGCGCAGGAACAACAUGUUCCACCCCCUCUUGAGCUGUCAGAAGAAACUGUUGUUGAGGCAGGAACCCGAGGCCUCGCAGAAGAGAUUGGAGAAGAGAAAGGAUUGCAGUCCCCUCCUCCAAUCAUCAUCAUCCCCCAGGCCCAGCUGGAUGAAGAGGACGGAGAGGAGGAGGAUGAGGAGGUGGAGCUGGCUGAGGAGCCUCAGGAGGUCAUGGAGGAGGCAGAAGUUCCCCCCAACGAAGAGCUGAGGAAGGAGGUAGUGGAGUUGCUGGAGGUCGAAGGAUUGAAUUUCACUGGACUGGAGCCUAAAUCGGACACCGGAGAAUCUAGUCACAGUGAAGAUGGAGAACCGGUGACUGACACCUCCCAGUUGUCUCCGUACUCUGACCGAGGUCAAAUGCAGUCUUCUCCACAGGGAGGGGAGGACUUCGGAAAAGAAGAGGACCAAUCAGAGGAUCUCAGAGAGGCCAUCUUGGAAGCGGAGAAGCAGGAAGAGGAAGCUGUUGAAGGAGAUGAAGAAGGAAUGGAAAAGAAGGAUGAAUCACUGGACCACGGAGAGAUCGAUGAUGAGCAAGAAGAAGUGAAAGCUACAGAUGUUGGCAAAGAGAUGCUAAGGGAAGAGGAGGACAGCUGCAAGGGGACGGAGAAAGGUGCAGAUGUUGCCUCCGACCUGGCCAGUGAAGUCCAUCACACAACCAAUGAAGAAACGACCGCGGACAUGUCUGUUCUUGACACCGACAGUGGCUGGAUAGACACUCAAGAUGAGGACAGGAGCCUCUUGACGGAACCCAUUGAGGCUCUCCCGAAGGACCACGGUCCCGGUACCACCACCGGGACCACCACCGGUACCACGAUCGCCCGGGAUCGGUCCAGGAAGCGGGCCCCUUGGAGACCCCGGGGUCGCUCUGACCCCUUUGACAGUAAAAUAAUCCACAAGGACCCGGGCCAUCCGAGAGACCCCUUGAAGAAGAAAAAAGCCGGCGUGAGGAGGGCGGACCACAAUAAGCUGGCGGUCCCGUCGUGUCGCUCUCCCUGCCGGACCAGCGCCGGCAGAGCGCCCGGCCGGCAGCACAGGCCUGUCGUGGCGCCGGCCGGCUCGGCCAAACGCAAGGGAGCAGGUGACCCGGCCUCCCCGGGGCCCGGCGGGACGGGAGCAUGGAGUUUGUCUCUCCCUGAUGGUCAGUGUGAGUCACUACAUGUUUUAUCACCUUCCUUCUCAGCCAUGGAGGUCCGCCAGCCACUGAGUGUGGCACACCAGUCCAGAGAACGGCCAACUGAGAGGACCUACCGUAGCCCAGAGAAGCGCUCCUCUCUGCCGCGCCCCGCCAAGUCUCUGACGCGGCACAUCCCCGCCGCGGAGCAGGAGGACGGACCCCGGAGACCCACCUGUAAGAGACGCACGCACGCACGCACGCGCAUGGACUCGGGCCGCUCUCGCUCGGCCCGUAGCGGUACGUCCACGCCGGGCUCCACGGCCGUCACACCGGGCACGCCCCCCAGCUAUGCCUGCCGGACCCCCGGCUCGCGCACCCCGGGGAGCCACACCCCCAAGUCCUUCAGCGUGCUGCAGGAGAAGAAGAUCGCCGUGAUCCGGACUCCCCCCAAGUCCCCGUCCUCCGUCCAGCGCCAGCUCAAGGUCAUCAACCAGCCGCUGCCCGACCUCACGCACGUCAAGUCCAAGAUAGGCUCCACCUCCAACCUCAAGCACCAGCCCAAGGGCGGCCAGGUGAUGAUCCCGAGUGUGAAGCUGGACUUCAGCCACGUCCAGGCCAAGUGCGGCUCGCUGGACAAGAUCCAGCAUGCUGCCGGGGGCGGGAACAUCCAGAUCCAGUCCCAGAAGUUGGAUAUGAGCCACGUCACGGCCAAGUGUGGCUCCAUGUCCAACAUCCGCCACAGACCAGGGGGCGGCCAGGUCCGCAUCGAGAGCGUCAAGCUGGACUUCAAGGACAACGCUAAGCCCAAGAUCCGUUCCCUUGACAACGCCAGCCACACCCCCGGGGGCGGGAACAUCAUGAUCGAGAGCCACAAGCUGAUGUUCCGGGAGGAGGCGAAGGCGCGCGUGGACCACGGCGCCGAGAUCGUGACGACCCACUCGCCCUGCGGCGAGCCGGGGGGCACCUCCCCCCGGCUCUGCUCCGCAGGGAGCAUGCUGGCCUCGCCCCAGCUCGCCACGCUGGCCCAGGACGUCACCGCCGCGCUCGCUAAGCAGGGCUUGUAA